UUACAACACGCAGGUUGGCCUGGUUGAGCAAAGAAAAAAAUGGCAACAUAUGGCGAAGAGCCAGUCGACAGAUACUUCUAUUCAUCUUACAACCCUUACGUGGGCAGGUACACCCGGCCCAGAGACGCGGGGUGGAAAUAUAAAGGUUAUUUCUCCCACUACGGAGACAACUCUGACGCGAUCAACAACCACCAGCGCGCCCAGCUGAAAUCCAUCUUAUCCCAGAUCAACCCCAAACUUACCCCGAGGCUCCGGAAGGCCAAUACCAAGGAUGUGGCGGUGCAGGUCAACCCGAAGAAGGACGCCUCUGUGCAGUGCGCCAUCGGCCCGCGGACCCUGCAGGCCAUGAAGCGGGACUUCCAGCGCAGGAAGAGGCGGGAGCCCGCCACGCCCAGCAGUCCAAAGGCAACAGGUGGCGUUCGUUAUCCACGAACCCUGGCCGUGUACUCCCCCAUAGCUUACCGGAGCGUCACGUCAUUCCUCGUGGACGACAAUAACAACAUCAAGGAUGCGUCCUCUGAGGCGACGGCGACCGUAGAGCCGCACGGCGACCCGGGAGAAGGGCCAGGAGAGGGCACCGAGGGGACGGCGGAGGAGGACGGCGGAGCUGGUGAGGGUGGGAAGACCGCAAAGUCUCCUGAACCGAGCCAGAAGUUUAAACUACAGCCGCAGGUGAAGGGUGAGCUCGCGCCACCUGUCGCAGAAGAAUCACAGGGCAAGGCCCGCGUGCGCUUCCAGUUCCUGGAACAGAAGUACGGCUAUUAUCACUGCAGAGAAUGCAAUCUGCGAUGGGAAAGUGCUUACGUAUGGUGCGUUCAGGGCACAAACAAGGUUUACUUCAAACAGUUCUGCAGGAAAUGCCAGAAGGGCUUCAACCCAUACCGUGUAGAAGACAUAACAUGCCAUACUUGCAACAAAGCCCGCUGCUCCUGUGCCCUGACGCAGCGGCACGUUGACCCCAAACGACCCCAUAGACAGGACUUGUGUGGCAGAUGCAAAGGCAAGCGGCUCUCCUGUGACAGCACGUUCAGCUUCAAAUACAUCAUCUGAGUCUGUUCGACUAAAACCCUCAAUGCAAAGCACACAUUUUUGAUGUUUCAAAACUUUAUAGAUUUUUUUUUUUCCCAUGUAUGUUUUGUUGACUCUAAGCACAUCAUGCCUUGGAUCGUAAUAAAUGGCUACCUUGCAUUUUGGGUGUUUUUUUUUUUUUUUUUAAAGUAUUUUAUUUUUGCAUUAAGUGGUCUUUCAUUGGUCAGCAGCGGUUUGGGCAUGUGCUCCAGGAAGAUGACUAGAGAUGUCCUGUAGGAAUGAAGUCUUUAGUUAUCCAGAGAAGGCUGGUAUGUGGAGGGAAAAUUAAAGUGGGUCUGCAUUCAAAAUCAAAAUGUACCAGAUGAGGACUGAGAUUAACUGUACAAGCAUUAGUCCCAAGAGAAAUAUGGAAGGCUGAACACGUGAUCAAAUGCAAGUCCAGAGCACAACCUGUGAAGGAAUGUAUAUUGAUGCAGCAUGAAACUGAAGCCAAAAAAAAAUGCUGCCACCAUCCAAGAUGAGCCUAUGAAGAUUUCAUGUUCAGAACAACAGCUUAGUGACUCAAACCUAUGAGCUUUUCUUAUGUUAGCUUUAUACAUACAUCCCAUUUGGGAUGAGCAGUGCAUUACACAAAAUUACAAGGAGGGGGAAAAAUACUGGUUUUACGCUAUACACUUCCUAAAAUAUAUACAGAGUACAAUAAGUUACGCUUUCAUUAUAAGCUGUAGCAAGUCUGCACUUUUGUGUAUGAGCAUCUCCCAAUAUAUAUCACACAGUCAAGAGUCUAAAGGCAUCUACUUAUUUGGUUAAAGAGUGAGUUUUGCGUGAAGACCUGCUGAAGGGAACUCAUCUCUCGGAGCAAUCAAACAUAUAUUUCUCUAUACACUCCCUGAAGGCAGGGGGUUUCCCCACAGGAUCACAUGUUAAAUAUCCUAACAUUUACAACCUAAGAUGUUAGCUCUAAUAAAAAAUACAUUUCUCAAAAAAAUAUUCUUGCAGUGCUUUCUCACUUUCAAGCAUGCAUUUGAAAACUUUUUUUUUUCCUUUUUUUUUUUUAUAAACAAGAUUCUUCUGAGUUUGCUUAUGAGUCUUGAUGGUGUGUCCUUAACACGGACCGUCGUACGCGCUUCCACACCGACUCCCAGAGGAGGCCAGCGCUCAGUGUGACGGGCUCCUCCUGGUCAGAUCAA